UAGCAAGAAGGGAACAGAAAGAACAGACCAGACAGAACAUGUUGAAUAAAUAGGAAAUCCUGCUGCUCAAGUGGCAUAAAGGGCCAUAAGAUUGGCGUUAUCUGUUCUCUGGUAUGGGGUUGGACUUUCAGGGGGUCUCAUUCCUUCCCUUUUUCACUCUCCCUUUGCCAGGCAGGAGGAGGGAGUGACCAGACCUGGGACCGGAGGAAGAGGUAGCCGUAGUGUUUGACCCCUUUCCUUUAAAAAUCCUAGACCCGCACAGACUUCCCUGAGGCUCUUGAGGUGACUUCAGACUCCACCCUCUUUGUCUUCCGGCUCUGGUCUGGGCUGUAGGGUUUAAAUCUGGCGCGCUUCACUUGGAUUGGCUACACCCGGGAGUGGUUGGCUGACUGCUUGCUGCCGCUCCUCCUCGCCUUUUCCCCGGGCAAAAGGUUUUCAAAUUCGGCCAAUUGGCGGGCGCGUUCCCUCAGCUGAGACGCGUCAUCGAAGGGUUAACCGCAGCCAACCGGAGGCGGGUAUUGGAGAAAAGAGCCAAUCAGGAGGACGCGGGGGUGCGCCCUGGGGGCUUAUAAGGGCGGCCCUUGGGCGCGCGCGGCAGCAGUUGGACUGCGGCGGACGGCUGUUCCUUAGUCUCGUGAGCAGCCUUCCUCUCCGUUCCUCUACCUCGCGCAGCAUGUCGGGCCGCGGCAAGACAGGCGGUAAGGCCCGCGCCAAGGCCAAGUCGCGCUCGUCGCGAGCGGGCCUCCAGUUCCCCGUGGGCCGCGUGCACCGGCUGUUGCGGAAGGGACACUACGCCGAGCGGGUGGGCGCCGGCGCGCCGGUCUAUCUGGCGGCGGUGCUCGAGUACCUCACAGCCGAGAUCCUGGAGCUGGCGGGCAACGCGGCCCGCGACAACAAGAAGACGCGGAUCAUCCCCCGCCACCUGCAGCUGGCCAUCCGCAACGACGAGGAGCUCAACAAGCUGCUGGGCGGCGUGACGAUCGCCCAGGGAGGUGUCCUGCCCAACAUCCAGGCCGUACUGCUGCCCAAGAAGACCAGCGCCGCCGUGGGGCCGAAGGCGCCCGCGGGCGGCAAGAAGGCCACCCAGGCCUCGCAAGAGUACUGAGGGCGCCCGCGCCGCCGCCACCGCCGCCGCCUGGCCCCUCCCCUCGCCACCACAAAGGCCCUUUUAAGGGCCACCACAAAGCUCACGGAAAGAGCUGGGCCGCGUCGGGCUCCCGGCCGGGCGGCAGCUCACUCGCCCCCUCCGCGGCCCCGCCGCCGCGCGGCCUGCCCCUCCCCCGCGCGGCUCGCUCCUGCCGUGGCUCGGCGGAGGGCGGCCGUUUGAACGCCGCUCGGUGCCAGGAGCGAGCUCGUGACUCGGCCGGCCUGGCCCCCGAAUGCUGAUGGGCUGCGGGGAGGCCGCGGCACCUUCUAGAAGGCUGGGCCGGCCGCGCUGACGCAGGGCCGGGGCGCGUGGCGGGGAAGGUGAGUCGGUGCGGACGGCCGCCGGCGCGGCCGCGCGCGCGCGUUCCCCACCAGCCCGGUGCUCCGGACGGGACUCGGUUGACGGCGGCGGAGUCAGUCGGUCACUUCAUUUGUCCCGGGACGCCCAUUGCUGCCGGAUCCCGAGCCUUGCACGUCCGCGCUCCCUCCAUCUCCACUCGCAGGCCUGUGCGCGUCCCGGAAGACACACUUCGCGGCGUGAGCAUCUCCCGCGGUGUCGGGUCCCGGCGGCGUGGGGUCUGCGGGAGUCCUGCCCCUGGACCCGCGCCCCUCCCGGCGGGUCCGCUCCGCAAGCCAAGCACCUAGAUACCAGCACUAGUCCGUUAAUCCCCAUCUGGACUGAGUCGCCGUUGGCCUCGGAACUGGAAUUCUGCAGCUAACCCAUCCAAGACAGUACUUUAGGUAUUGGGGAGUUUCAGAUGGACUAAUUUUGUUUAUUAAAGGAUUUUCUUUUUUAAACAGU